AUGAGCGAGUCGAAAGAAAUGGUCAUUAUACUGACUGGUGCUUCAAGAGGAAUCGGGCUAGCAAUAGCGCACUACCUGCUCUCGCGCUCCCACAAACUCCUCCUAAUCUCGCGCACGGAAUCCGCUCUCAACGACCUGCACAAGCAGUACGGCUCAGACAAAGUCGAAGUGCUCGCAGGCGACGUGUCGGAUUUCUCGCUGGCAAAGCGGAGCGUCGAGAGAGCGAAUGAGCGGUGGGGACGCGUUGAUGCGCUGAUUGUGAACCACGGGACUUUGGACCCGGUGAAGAGAGUGGGCGAUUCGACGGUCGAGGAGUGGAGGGAGGCGUUUGAUAUUAAUGUUUUUAGUGCUGUGGGACUUAUCCAAGCAGCCCUCCCCUCUCUCCGCGCAUCAAACGGCCGCAUCCUGCUAACUUCGUCCGGGGCCUCUAUCUCCGCGUACCAAGGCUGGGGCGCCUACGGUGCUGGAAAAGCCGUCCUGAACCACCUAGCUCUCACAUUGGCGGUGGAAGAACCGGAUGUGACGACUAUUUCCGUUCGGCCCGGCGUCGUGGAUACGGAGAUGCAGAGAGAGAUCCGUGAGGUUCAUCAUGAGCGUAUGAGUGAGAGCGAUCGCACCAAGUUUGCAGGCUUGAAGAAAGAUGGAGGUUUGCUGAGGCCCGAGCAGCCGGGGCAUGUUAUCGCUAAGCUUGCUGUUAGUGGAGGGAAGGAGUUGAGUGGCAAGUUCCUGAACUGGAAUGAUGAGAGUUUGAAGGAGUUCCAGGAAGAGUAA